UUCCAUUAUUCACUGUCUAAAGUUUAAACUCCAAUUUCUCUCUCAGAUCUGAAGCUCUAUGGAAACUCGUCUCGCAGACUCGGCUUCCGAACUCAGCCUCACCACCACCACCACCGCCACCGCUACAGAGUCGGAGAAAGCGUGGCACUUCCUCGCGAUCCUCCUAUCUCUAGGCCGACCGGCUCCCCCAGCCGAGCUCGCUUCCCGAUGUGCCUUGUUCCGCGCCACCUCCGACCUCGUCGAGUCGCUAUGCUCCAUCCCUAACUCGCCGCUCUUCUUCACCGCCGAUCUCCACGUCACUCUCUCCCCGCUCGCCCUAACUUCUCUCGCUCAGUUCGCCACAACUUCCAAUUUGAUUCACCUCUUCUCGCCUUCGCGGAUCCGCAUCGGAGUUCCCCAAGCCUAUUGGCUGUGGAAUCAGAUCGAUUUUGUCACAACGUGCUCUCGGAAGCGCAAACUGAUUUCGUUUUCGGAUUGUGAACUUUCGCCAGUGCCGAAAAGAAGAGCGAUUUUGAAUUACACAGUUGCAGAAGAAGAGGAAAAAACGUCGUCGUGUUCGCGGAAAUCAAUUCAGUAUGUUUGUCCAAAGGUGCAGCUUCAAAUGGCUGACGAUAUUUGUAGGAGCAUAAACAUGCAGCCGAGUAACAUGUCAGUAAUGGUGAAUAAGUUGAUGCUCACACCCUCCAUGUUUGCCAAAUCCAGUGCUGGUCAACUAACUUGUAAACUGAAGAACCUGGAAUAUGUAGAGGGUGACAUUAAUUCAAGCAUACUUCUGCAAAGGACGGUGACUAAAUCAAUAACAGCAUGUGAGCCUGAUCCAGGAGCCACUCUUCCAGAUACCAUUUUGGACCAUCCAUUUCUGUGUGAAGAUGCUAAAAUAAAUGAUUUUGAUCUCGGAAGUAUAGCGAAUCUUGAUGCCAGAUGUUGCCCACUAGAGGCUAGGGAUGUUAAUGAUGCUUCUAAAGCUAGACAAGUUAUAGUGUUUGAAAAUGAAAGCAUUAUGGAAGGCCAGGAGGAAGAAGAAUUUGUGGAUUCUGUAACUCUUAAAGGGGAAACAGAAAACCCUUUACGCCUGUUUAAUACUGUUCUUUUGGACCUUUUGCCUGAAAAUGAUUUGAAGAAUGUGAAUUCUAUUGAUAUGAUGUCUUUAAACAAAGAGCAAAAACCUACACAUUUAGCAAAAACCUACACAUUUGGAAACCCGGGCUGUCUCUCCAGGAGCUGA